AUGUCAUCAUCGGAGCGGUGGAAUAAGGAGAAUUGUCGAGCAUGUCUGUCAGUGGAAGAAUUAAUGAAGAAAGCUCGAGAACUAAGACUGAGGAAGUUAAGAAUCGGGGCAAGUGGCGACGCAACUUCGUUGUCUUCUGCAGAAAAUGAUGCUUUAGAAGGGAGAACAAUACGAGAAGAUUGUCCACUAAAUACAGAUCAACUUGGUAGAUCGACGUGGGAUUUUUUACAUACUAUGGCCGCAUAUUAUCCAGAAAGGCCAUCGGAAGUACACAAAGCGAAUGCAAAAUCCUUUAUGUUUUUAUUAGGAAAGAUAUAUCCAUGUCAUCAUUGUGCUGAAGAUCUUCGCCGUGAUCUCGAAAAUAAACCUCCAGAAGUGGAUAGUAAAGAAGAGUUUUCACUAUGGAUGUGUGAGCUUCAUAACAGAGUUAACAAAAAACUUGGUAAACCGAUUUUUAAUUGUUCAUUAUGGAAAGAACGUUGGUUGGAUGGAUGGAAAGACGGAUCUUGUGAUUACUAA